UAUAUAACGUUCUGUUCCUUUUCAGAUUUCCUACGUCCCUUUUCUACGAGGGAUUUCCCAGACCAGAGUCCUCGGUGGAAGCCUGGGUUGGAUUUGAGAGAGCGGAGGAUCCCUGCGGCUCUGACUCACUGCACAGGCGUGACCCGCUGCAGUCGCCUUUGGAGCUCUGCGUCGGGCCAGUUAUCUCUCGUAGGUGAGCGCCAAAGGAGGACUCCAUGAAAGAUGACAGAGGAAGUCAUCGUGAUAGCCAAGUGGGACUACACGGCCCAGCAGGACCAGGAGCUGGACAUCAAGAAAAACGAGCGUCUGUGGCUGCUGGACGACUCCAAGACGUGGUGGCGGGUGCGCAACGCCGCCAACAGGACGGGCUACGUGCCGUCCAACUACGUGGAGAGGAAGAACAGCCUGAAGAAGGGCUCCCUGGUCCGGAACCUGAAGGACACGCUGGGCCUAGGCAAGACCAAGAGGAAGACGAGUGCCAGGGACGCGUCCCCAACCCCCAGCACGGACGCCGAGUACCCUGCCAAUGGGGGCGCCGACCGCAUCUACGACCUAAACAUCCCGGCCUUCGUCAAGUUCGCCUAUGUGGCCGAGCGGGAGGACGAGCUGUCCCUGGUGAAGGGGUCGCGAGUCACCGUCAUGGAGAAAUGCAGCGACGGCUGGUGGCGUGGCAGCUACAAUGGGCAGAUCGGCUGGUUCCCCUCCAACUACGUCCUGGAGGAGGCGGACGAGGCGGCCGCAGAGCCCCCCAGCUUCCCGAGCCUGCGGCGGGGCGCACCCCUGAGCAAUGGCCAGGGCUCGCGGGUCCUGCACGUGGUCCAGACGCUGUACCCCUUCAGCUCGGUCACCGAGGAGGAGCUCAACUUCGAGAAGGGAGAGACCAUGGAGGUGAUCGAGAAGCCAGAGAACGACCCCGAGUGGUGGAAAUGCAAAAACGCCCGGGGGCAGGUUGGCCUUGUCCCCAAAAACUAUGUGGUGGUCCUGAGCGACGGGCCGGCGCUGCCCCCAUCUCACACCCCGCAGAUCAGCUACCCAGGGCCCGCGGGCAGUGGGCGCUUCGCGGGCAGAGAGUGGUACUACGGGAAUGUGACCCGCCACCAGGCCGAGUGCGCCCUCAACGAGCGGGGCCGCGAGGGUGACUUCCUCAUCAGGGACAGCGAGUCCUCGCCCAGCGACUUCUCCGUGUCCCUCAAAGCGUCAGGGAAGAACAAACAUUUCAAGGUGCAGCUCGUGGACAAUGUCUACUGCAUCGGGCAGCGGCGGUUUCACACCAUGGACGAGUUGGUGGAGCACUACAAGAAGGCCCCCAUCUUCACCAGCGAGCACGGGGAGAAGCUCUACCUCGUCCGGGCCCUCCAGUGACGCCCCCGCCACCGCCUCCAGGCCCGUGCCACACUCACUCCCCAGCGCGAGCGGGUGGCCUCUGCACCCGGCGGCUUGUCCCCCGCUGGCUGCCUGUGCCUGGUUGAUCUUUUCGUUUCCACCUGCCUCCUCUCUGCCGUCCCAGGCCCUCACUCCAUGUUCAAGGCCGCCCCGCCCAAGCGGGUUUUAGAGAACAGGAGGUGGAGGAGGGGCGAGUUUGUUCACUUUAUUUCUGCUCAGUUGGAAACAGCCUUAGUCUGUUCGACCUGUUCAUGCUCUCAGCACCCCUCAGUACGAAGACACUGGGCGCCCCUUGGUGAAGUGACCUCAGUGCCCUCCCCAGGGGCCUCCCCGAGACGCUGGGCUCUGCAUCCAGGCAGCUCGGGUGGAGGUCCCGGCCCCGGUCCCAGCAGCCCUGGUUCCUGCCCUUAGCCCUUACCUGGCUCCUGGACCCUCCAGGGAGUGAACGCGUUUGCUCGUAGCAAUACUGGAGCCACCAGGUGAGACAGGAGUGAGGAAGCUGUCCAGUGCCUUCGGGGCUGUGUUCGCAAUAGGAGGAUUUCCUGGAAGGUCAGUCUGCAAGAGGGACUGGCGACUCGGAAAGAGACGUUUUGGUAAUUUACCCCUAAAUGUGCCAUCCACAUAGUGCUUUUUCCUCUUGCCCUUUGGCUUGUUUAAAUUCACAAUUAUGUAUUUAAUUCUCAGAGUAAUAUGUAUCUGUAGCCAUUUGUUGACACUAAUACAGAUGAUUAAGGAAAACAGCUGAUCUUUGGGGAAGGGGAGCUACCAACACUUUACACACACACACAAAAUAUAUAUAUAUUUUAUAUAUAUAUAUAUAUAAUUUGCUUUACAGGGAAGUUUUUCAGGGUUUACAAAAGAAUAUGUAAUUGGUAGUAAGAGACACACAGAAUGUUUAUGUUUUCUUUCUUCUUUACAUUUGAAUUUCUUUAUAGUUUAAAUAUACUAUCUUGAGAUGGCACAUUCCUACAGUCGAAGAAGGGGUCUUGAGACCUCCUAAACUUGCAUACUCGGUUUUUUGGAUAUUGUAAUAAAAAAAGUAUUACAACAAGA